CGCCUUAAGUGUAGAACGUGAAGUUUAACUCUACGCUAUUGUAUUUAUGUAUUUUAUUGGUAGCUGUCUUAUCGAGGCCAUCGCUCAACUACCAUAAACUGUGUUGAGCCAGGGCUUCUCUUAUAAAGCUUGAUCCUUGUCGAUCCACUUGCACUUCAGUUUAUUCGCCGAUUGUGAGCCAACGCGUUGAGCGGACCGGUUCUGCUUUUCCUUACAAGAUCGACACAUUUUUCAUUCCGCUAAAAUGGAGUUCCUCAGUUUCGAUUCAAGAACGAAAUCGUUAACAUUGAAGAAGGGUGAGAUCCCGGUACCAAAGCCUGACGAAGUUUUAGUCAAAGUUGCAUAUUCUGGUAUUUGCGGAACGGAUUUACACAUUGUUGAGGGUUCAUUUCCCUGUAAAAGUGACGGUCCUGUGACAUUGGGUCACGAGUUCUCGGGCGUUGUUCAAGCCAUUGGUUCCAAGGUGACGGUGUUUUCGGUUGGACAGAAGGUUGCCGUUGACCCAAACAGCGGAUGCGACACUUGCACGUUCUGUCACAGUGGCAAAUAUCAUUUCUGUCAAAGUGGCGGAAUACACAGUACGAUUGGAAUAUUUCGCGACGGAGGUUGGGCCUCGCAUUGCGUUGUUCCAGAGUCGCAGGUUCAUUUAGUUCCGGAUGGUGUCGAACUGCCUCAGGCAUCACUUGCCGAGCCAUUGUCCUGCUUGGUGCACGGAUGGGACAUAAUAAAUCCAGUUCACGUUGGAUCCAGAGUUUUGGUAAUCGGAGCUGGUAUUAUCGGCUCCCUUUGGUCGUGUCUUCUGCAUCUUCAUGGGCAACGAAAAUCUGUUACUGUCAGCGAGCCGCAGGCGAAGCGAAGAGAGCUGUUUGGAAAACUGGGUCUGGAUUAUAAGGCGGUCAGUCCGACAGAUUUGAAAGGCCGAGAGUUCGAUUUGGCGAUAGACUGCAGUGGUUCUGGACCUGCUAUCGAGUCGGCCAUACCGUUGCUGGGCAGAGGCGGUCGCCUGUGUAUAUUCGGAGUUGCCAGUCCUCAGGCGGAAGUGAAAUUCAAGCCAUUUGAGGCUUACAUGAAGGAGCUGCAAAUCGUCGCCGUUAAUAUCAACCCGUUCACUUUCCCGAAGGCGUUGUUAUUGCUGAAGGCUAUGGCCGAUACCUACCUCAAUUACGAAAAACUGGGAAUCGGUGUCUACUCACUGUCGCAGUACCAAGAUGCUCUUGAUGCUCUGAAAAGUGGUGUCAUCAGCAAAGCAAUAUUUAAGGUUUAACCCUUGGGUGUAGUUUGAAAUCGUUUCCUAUACUUAAAUAGCGUGAUGUGUACACGCACAAGUACCUUCGAAGUAUAAAUUUACGGAGAUAAUUUUACGAGUCGUGCAGGACAUAGUUUGUCCAAAAUUUUCAUACAUGUAAAACUGCGCGUAGAUGAGUUACUUGCGCAACUGGCGACAUCAGUGAUCUUGAUCUAAUUUAGUAGUAAAAAAUGAAUUAUGUGGCAAUAUAUUACGUGUAUGUACUAUAAGACAACAGCAUUUAAAUAAACUAAGUGGAACCGUUAUUGGCGGACUUUGUUGAGACUACAUGCACUUCUGACAAAUUUUGACGAAUAAAUUAUUCUGUAUCCU